AUGAACCUAGCGCGUCCUUGGCCUUCCCUGCAGGCUGAGAAGCAGCUGCUGCGGAAGGAUGGACCUCGGGGCCGGCGGCUUCUCUGAGGAGCAGUUCCGGGAAGCCUGCGCUGAGCUUCAGCAGCCCGCACUUUCCGGGGCAGACUGGGAGCUGCUGGUGGAGACCUUCGGUAUCAGCAUCUACCGGCUGCUGGACCAGCAGACUGGAGUGUAUGAGUAUAAGGUCUUUGGCAUUCUGGAGGAUUGCUCCCUGGAUCUACUUGCAGACGUCUAUAUGGACUUAGACUAUAGAAAACAGUGGGACCAAUAUGUUAAAGAACUUUAUGAAAAAGAGUGCAAUGGAGAAGUAGUGGUCUACUGGCAAGUCAAGUACCCUUUUCCCAUGUCCAACAGAGAUAGAUUGGGGGCAAUAGACCAUCCUGCAGGGUGCCUGGAGGAGGGGCAGCCCACCGUGGGUGCUGUAGAGCCUUCGAGCUGGCCUGGGGCUGUGGUCGCGGCUGUUGCACGGCGAGAGCUGGACCAUGAAGGACAGAAGAUCCACGUGAUCCUGGCCCAGAGCACCUCCAUGCCACAGUUUCCAGAGAAAUCGGGCGUGAUUCGGGUGAAGCAGUACAAGCAGAGGCUGGCGAUCCAGAGCGAUGGCAAGAGGGGGAGCAAAGUUUUCAUGUAUUACUUCGAUAACCCAGGUGGCCAAAUUCCAUCCUGGCUCGUUAACUGGGCUGCCAAGAAUGGAGUUCCUAACUUCUUGAAAGACAUGACGAAAGCCUGUCAGAACUAUCACAAGAAAACCUAAGGGAGGGAAUUGGGAGCCUUGUGUCCAUGGAAUGAUGUCUCCGGAAGUGCCACAACCGCCAGCGCUCAGCCUGCCUUUCACUUUUUUGUCCUCAGAGGCUUGCACGCUCUCCAGCAUGUUGUCCCUGGGUGUGUUUGCCUGACGCCCGGCUUCCUUUCCCACUCUCCCUUCCCCAGGACCCGCUGCCUUCUUCCACUGUUGAAUGUGGGUCAGAUUAGGGAAACUUUUGCUUGUUUACUUUUAAAAAGGGGAGUCCUCAGUAAGGAACACAGUCAAUCCAUUUUGCCAUUCUAGGGAGAUCUUGGGUGGAGGAGUGACAACACCAGCUAAGAGUGACUGAUCCUGGCAAGCUGGCUCCUUCCCACAUAUGAUUUCAUGCAACCCAGGGGGGUGAUUUCCUGCUGAAGUUGCAUUUUCUUCAGAACUGACACUCAGUGCACCAAGACUGGAAGAUUCAUGUCCAUUUGCCUUAUGCUUUGCUGCCUUGAUUUGAACUGAUAAUCCACUAAGCCUCUCCCCAUUCCUGCUUGUGGAGGAUCAUGAGCUCUUUUGAUUUUAAACCAUUUUGAAGAACGUUGCAGGCCUAAGUGUAUAGUGUGAUAACAAUUUUUUCUCAUCACCCAUGUCUGGGUUUCUCUCUUUCCCAUAUGCCACUGGAGAAGGCUGUCCGUACCUCACUAGCUCUGCCUUUUACUGGACACUAGGCAUCAAGACUGCUCUGGCAGUUACCAGAAGCCAACCUAACUUUGCACACAGCAUUGCGAUAAUGUGUCUUUUUAUGCAAUUUCCCUUCCAGAAUGUUUGGAGAUGUUGAAAGGAUAAGAGUUCCCAGCCAGGGAAAUAUUAAUUAGUGGUGUGUUUGACUCUACACCUUUUUCUCAGGAAUUCUACCUAAGUUAUCCACCUGUCCCACCACCAGAAGACGUUCCGUUUCCUACUUUUCUCUUGAAUUUUGGAGGGAAAGAUAUUCUGUGGACAAAGGCACAGCCUUAUAAUCUCAGGGAAAAAUUUUAACCACUGUAUGUGACGAUACCAAACAUUGAUUAAGGGGCAUAAAAAUUCUGGAUGCAAAGCCGGAAGCAGGGGAUUUAUUAAAAUGGGAUACUCCAGACUCUGUAAUUUCUCUCUGGAAAGGGAAGUGCAUUGAAUACCAAAUAAAUACAGAGUGACUUAUA